GUGUGGAGAGCUGACACAGCGCGCAGAACUACUCUGGAUUUACCACUUUUCAGUUUGUUUAGAACUUAAAAAAAUAAAUAACUAAAUUAAAUUAAGUGCCAUGAUGGACAUCUGUCAUCUUGCAAGCAUGGGACGAACGCAUCACCAUAAUGCAAUGGUGCUUGUACCUCCGUGUCAGUGCAUUGGUGAUACCACUUUUGAUACUUCAAUGACGUUGAGUCUUGAAACACUAACCUGACUUUCAAGAAAGGAUGGAAUCGUCAUGGAUGUAACUCAGUCUAAUGCAACGGAGGACGAUGCCAACAUCACCAUCACCCCGAGACUCUGGCCACAUACCGAAACCGCCGCUGCGCUCAUCAUCCUCGUGGUUUCCAUCAUCAUUCUGGUCACCAUCGUCGGAAACGUCCUGGUCAUCGUGGCGGUUCUGACUAGCCGCGCGCUCCGGCCGCCACAGAACCUGUUCCUGGUGUCGCUUGCGUGCGCGGACAUCCUCGUGGCCACGCUGGUGAUCCCGUUCUCCCUCGCCAACGAGAUCAUGGGGUACUGGUACUUCGGCAGCACUUGGUGCGCGUUCUACCUGGCUCUGGACGUCCUGUUCUGCACGUCAUCCAUCGUGCACCUGUGCGCAAUCAGUUUGGAUCGCUACUGGUCCGUCACCAAGGCGGUGAGCUACAACUUGAAGAGAACUCCAAAGCGCAUCAAGUCCAUGAUCGGGGUGGUGUGGGUCAUAUCAGCCGUUAUCUCAUUCCCACCUCUGAUAAUGACCAAACACGACGAGAACGAGUGCUUAAUAAGCGACAAGACCUGGUACAUCCUCUCCUCGUGCGUGGUGUCGUUUUUCGCCCCCGGUUUCAUCAUGAUCACGGUGUACUGCAAAAUCUACCGCGUCGCCAAACAGCGCUCGUCCACCGUCUUCGUAGCCAAGAACGGCUUAGAAAGACAGCCCUCGCAGUCCGAGACGUGCUUCGUAAGGAAAGAUAAGUUCGAGAAGGAGUCUCCAAGCAGUCACAGCUCGGAGAGCAACCAGGGACAGGAGGAACUAGACGAUAUCGAUCUGGAAGAGAGCGCAACAUCGGACAACAAACCCAAAAACUCGCGCUUCUCCAAGCACAGGAGGGUGGACGGCGCGGAUUGUGGCCCGCAGCGGACUUGCCGGAUCUCGUGGACUUCCCACCAGGAGCAGAACAACAGACAGCUCACGGUGGUCUCCAAAACCAAAGUGGCUCAGAUGCGAGAGAAACGCUUCACCUUCGUUCUGGCGGUGGUGAUGGGGGUGUUUGUGCUCUGUUGGUUCCCUUUCUUCUUCUCCUACAGUCUCCAAGCCAUCUGUGGAGAGAGCUGUGAGACGCCCGAAGGUCUCUUCAAGCUCUUCUUUUGGAUCGGUUACUGCAACAGCUCCGUGAAUCCCAUCAUUUACACGAUUUUCAACAGGGACUUCAGAAAGGCUUUUAAGAAAAUCGUUUGCUUGACUGCGAAACGCACAUGAGAAACUCGUUUGCAGCCAAUCUAAAAGUGGCUCCAAAAGUUUUUGGACUCUUGAGCCACACUUUAAAAGGUAUUAAAUGCAUUAGAUAUCAAAUCAAGUGGCAAACAAAUGAUCCUAAAACUAACAUUUGAUUUUGAAUUACCUGUAA